AUGACUGGUACACACCAUCAGUCUUCGCUUCAACUUGUUAUGAGCACCGUCAACUCUGGAUGUGUUGAUAGUGCAAAGGUGAAGGUGCGUAUUGAUCCUAAGAAUUCGCAAAAUGUUCUUUCAACAGUUUUGUGUUUUGAGUUUAUCUUUGAAGUUGUUAUCAUUUUCCCAGUGUGUAUCCUGUUACCUUUAACUGCUUAUUUUGUAAAUAUGUUACACUUGGAAUUACUGUCAUCUUCGACACAUUGUACUUCCAUAUCUUUAGUAAGCCUUUGUCACUGUUUUCUUGUAACUUGUGAUAUGAUAGUACUAACUAUCUAUAUUGGGUAA